AUGUGGUCCCCGGGGCAGGAGUCCGAAGGCCCAGCCGGGGGCGGGGACCCGGCGGGGCUGCUGCCCCCCGAGUGGGAGGAAGAUGAAGAACGGAUGUCCUUCCUGUUCUCCGCCUUCAAGAAGAGUCGGGAGGUGAACAGCACCGACUGGGAUAGCAAGACAGGCUUCUGGGCGCCGCUGGUGCUGAGCCACAGGCACCGCCGGGGGGCGGUGCGUCUGCCCCUGCGCGACCUUCCGGAGGCCUUCCAGCGUAAGGGGAGUGUCCUGCUCGGGUUGGCCAUGGUGCUCCAGCACCUGCUCCGCCAAGAGGAGCUACAACGGGAGUCAGAUUUCAUGGCCAGUGUGGACAGCAGCUGGAUUUCAUGGGGAGUAGGUGUCUUCCUGUUGAAACCUCUCAAAUGGACUCUUUCUAAUGUGCUGGGAGACAACAAGGUCCCUGCUGAAGAUGUGCCGGUGGCUGUGGAGCUUCUUAAGGAAAAAGCAGAGGAUGUCUAUCGUCUGUAUCAGAACUCUCCAAUCUCCUCUCAUCCUGUGGUGGCCCUGUCAGAGUUGAGCACCCUCUGUGCUAGUUCCUGCCCAGAUGAGCGAACUUUCUAUUUGGUGUUGCUCCAGUUGCAGAAAAAGAAGAGAGUUACUGUUUUAGAGCAGAAUGGUGAGAAGAUUGUGAAAUUUGCAAGAGGUCUACAUGCCAAGGUCUCCCCGGUAAAUGAUGUAGAUGUGGGUGUGUACCAAUUGAUGCAGAGUGAACGGCUGCUCUUACGAAAGGUGGAGUCCCUUUACCAGGAAGCAGAGAGAUGUAAAGAAGAUGCCCAACAAGCAUGCCGAGCUGGAAAGAAGCAACUUGUGCUAAGGGAUCUCAAGUCUAAGCAGAGGACAGAGAAACGCAUUGAGGCACCACAUGCCAAGCUGGAAACAGUACAAGGCAUUCUGGAUCGGAUCUAUGCUUCCCAAACGGAUCAGAUGGUUUUUAAUGCCUAUCAAGCUGGUGUAGGGGACUUCAAACUUUCCAUGAAAGACAUUACAGUGGAGAAAGCACAGAGUCUGGUGGACCAGAUCCAAGAGCUCUGUGAUACCCAGGAUGAAGUUUCUCAGACUUUGGCUGGGGUGGGGAUAAAUGGCUGUGACAGCGAGGAACUGGAGAAGGAGCUGGAUGUCCUCCUCCAGGACACCACCAAAGAACCUCUGGAUCUGCCUGAGACUCCCCACAAGCCAUUCUUCUCCACCAACGUGCCUAAUCCCAGCAUUUCAGAUGCUGAGCUUGAUGCUGAGCUGGAGAAACUGUCCCUAUCAGAAGGAGGUUUGCUUCUAAGCCAUGAAUAUUCCAAAAGACAGCUGGAAACCACUCUCUAA